AUGCUACUGCGCUUAGGUCUGGGCGGCGGCGCUACGAGCGGCGGCGGCGGCGGCGGCGCGAGGGCAGGGCUGCGGCAGUGCGGCCUGCAGGCGGCCGCCGAGGAGCCGACGGCCGACCGUCCGGUGCUGCGACUGCCACGCUGGGUCGGCCGCCGUGGCCACCACCACCGGGUUUGGCCACAACUGGCCACGCCGCUCUGGCCAUGUGGCUGCGCCGAGCCGACAGCUGACAGCCACCGGAGUCCUGGUGCCCCCUCAUUGUCAUGCUCCUCCGCCUACUUCACGCCCAGAUCUGGUAUCUGUUGUCGUGGUGAGCUCUUACUUCUGAUGGAUUUGUGCAUGAUUGGGGAUCUAGGACUUGGAUGGGAAGCCAUGACGUUGGCGGCGCUAAUCUGCGACACGGGCCAAAGGAAGGCCUUGAAGGUCAAUCGGCACCUUUCAGAAGGCGCAGCUGCGGGACUUUUGGCCGGCCGCUGCAAGCCAACGAUGGCUUAUGAAACCAUCAAGAAACUACUUAAAUUGGCUGACGUGAUGCCUCUGAUCUCUUUUGAGUUUUAG